AUUGGAACCGUGUCGGCCCCACAGGGCUUCGGUACGUAAAACCGGCGAGGAUUUCCGUGUAUGUUCCGACUGCCUGCGCAUCAAUCAUCGUUCUCCACUAGAGCAUCAAAUUACUCCGCGAAAUAGCUUCGUAUCGUUGGAGAGGGAGAGGCUGAAAGCCAGCGUCUGAGCAAGAAAGAAAAUGGAGAAGCUGAAAUCUCUGGUUCCCAUCCAUUUGAAGCAGACAAUCUCCAGUGCAACUCCGGACGAUCUCCAUCGCACGUGCUCCUCACUUCUCGACUUCUUCCUCUCUUCUCCUCGUUUCCACCAGAUUGUCGGAGAAGUAACGGACCGAGAGAUGGGGCUAUGUCGUAAGAACGCAGCGUCUGCUUUGGAUUGGAAGCGGAAAGGGAAUGAAUGCUUUUCGAGAGGAGAUUUCAUCAAUGCUUUGAGAUUCUACAGUCAGGCAUUGCGUUUCUCUCCGAUGAAUGCUGAUGAGAUGGACAAGGACUUUGUGGCGACAAUCUUUGUAAAUCGAGCUACUUCCAUGCAUGUGAGUUUGAUUAUUACAAAAUCUUUGAAGUUGUCAUCUGCAUUGGUUUCGAUUUCAAUCUUGAGCUACCAAAUUGAAAGAAUAGAAAAAGCCCUUAGAUUGUCAGGAUGUUUUGAAGUUUGUCGUGUGGUGGUUUAACUAGCUUAGUUUUGA